UGUAAACAUUUUUUUCCAUAUCUUCAGAUGACUUCACCUGCAGAGUUAUCACGAGAUACAACAAGUCAUGGUGCCACGAUAUCUUUCUGUGUUGUGCGACAAAACUGAGGAAGGCAAUCACUCAAAAGAGAUGAAGAGAUCCCAGAAACAGAAGAGGAGGUGUCCGAUGAAGAUGACGAGGAUUGGGAGGAUUUUGGCUAUGCAAGUGGUUAUGUCGUCGGCGGAGCCGAACGCCACGGGCAAGUCCUCGUCAAGGUGAACCAACAGACCUUGGUGUGCCGAAUUCCAAAAGGCCGGCGGGCGCCUGAAGCUCAAGGAGCAUUCGGACGCUACGAACGGAGCUACUGGGGCAUCGCGACUCGAACGGAGCGAUCGGACGCUACGAACGGGGCGCUCCUGGCCUUACUACUAGGAACAAGAAGCUGCUAGUAACAAACAGUUUUUCCAUAAUUUUCCAGCGCGGAAAUGCGGGUUAAGACGGUUAAGAGGAAGAAAAGAAGGACCAUGAAGGGCCAUGACGGGAGACUUAACUACUAGCGAUGGCCUCCCACGGCCUCCAACCUAGUAAACUAUAUUAAACCUUCCUCCAGAAUAGAGCCUUCCUUUAUUUUUCCAUGUUUUUUUUUCUGUUCCCGGAUGCACUUACAAGCCUCCAAGGCCAAAUAUGGAGCCCAUUGUCGGUGACGAGGUGAAGAUUCGGACUUCAGACGCUGAGGCUGUCGUGGAAGAGGUUCUGCCGCGCAGGAGCACCUUGAUUCGAAGGCAAACAAUGAAGCCACAGGUGCUGUGUGCCAACCUGGAUCUCGCCGUUUUGGUCCUAAGCACUGAACCCAAUUUCUCAGAGGGCAUGGUUGAUCGAGUCUUGGUCAGUGCACAUGCGCAAAGUCUCGAUGUGGUCUUAGUGCUGAACAAGGCAGACCUUGUUCCCAGAGGCAGUGAAGCACGGCAUAGAGUUGAGAGACGCUUGUUUGUGUACGAGAAAAUCGGUUACAAGGUUCUUUUCGUGAGCGCCUUGGAGGGAGAGGGCUUGGAGGACCUCAGAAGUCUUCUUGGAGGUCGUACAAGCAUCCUGGUGGGCAACAGCGGUGUUGGAAAGUCUUGCUUGCUGAACAAGCUUGGGCAGGGCCAGAUUGAGGUCACUGUUGGUGACAUCAGUGAAAAGCUGAAGCUGGGGCGACACAUUACGACCACCACGACCAUGCAUCGGCUGCCUGGUGAGGGGCCUCCGGCUUUUCUCAUUGAUUCCCCAGGAGCCAGACGCUUCAGCAUUUGGGAUGUGAAGCCGGAAGAGCUCAAGGAGCAUUUUAUUGAGUUCAUCCCCUUUGCCAGACACUGCAAGUUCUCUGAUUGUCGGCAUUUGCAGGAGCCGGGCUGCAUGGUCAAGCAAGCGGUGGAGGAAGGCGAUGUUCCUCCAGAGCGCUACAUGUCGUACCAGCGCAUCUACCAGGUGCUGCUGGAAGGUACUGAAGGCAGCUUUCGCUCUGCGCUUUGGACCGAAUCAGAACACGCCGAAAAGCGAAAACGAGCGAGCGUGAGAGAAGCAGAUAUUGGAGCGCCAUUGAGUGCCAUUGAGAUUGCCGUAUUGCGCAGCAGUUUGCAUCAUUUGCAUCAUGCUUUCAAGGGAUUCUGCUGCAAGGACUCUUUGCGAUCAAUGGAACUUAUUAUGACUGAUGAGAACAAGGACACGGAUGGGAUGGGAUAUGCUGCAGCAGCGGGAAAACCUAAGAGCGAUGGCGGAUGA